UGGGCGUAGCUCGUCUGCGCAAAAACAACAUCAGCUGCGCAAGCACAGAGACGUCGUCCGCAGGAGAAUGGGUUGCGGGACUUCUCGCUCGCCGGCUCGAGUAGGAGUCAUCGUGGAAGACGAUGGCAGUCUCCAUCAAGAAUUUUAUCCGCCGUUGGUAGACGGAUAUUGGAUGGGACAGAGCGCCCAGGACCCGUCAUCUUCCUUCUGUACCUCGCCCUCUCCUCCUCCCUACACUCCACUGCCUCUGAGUGGGCACGUGACGCUCAUGCUAGGACAGGGCCCUUCGCCGGCAAAGAGACGGAACUCUAUCCAAUCGACUAGGGUGGAUUCCUACCCCGGACCACCGGUGGAGCAGGAGGCAAGUCAGCAGGGAACCGAGGCGGGCCCCAGGCUCUAUCCUAGAGAGCUCGUUACGCAGAGAGAGGAGAGAGAGUGGGACCAGCCGCCGCCACAGUAG